AUGAACGCCGACGACGAGGACGAGAACAAAGAUCCCGACCCACGGUUCGAUUUUAUCCUUCAACACAUGAUAAAUACGACCAAACUGAGAAUGGAGCUCUGGAAAAAAUUAAAGUCCAAUGUCGACUACACGAACGUGCUCCUGAAUUUUUUCACCAUACCCACGGAAAACAUGCUGCUGCUGGAAGUCAAUUCCCUCGGUUUUCUGGUACCCUACUCGUUCAUCCAGCUGAACUACAAGGCCAAGUACAGCUACUUCUUGAAACGCGACGUGGUAGCGAUAACAGCCGACAACGCGAAGGACGUGCUGGCGACCGGGGAAUUGGCACCAAAGACUUUCGAGGAGUUGACUUCCAUCGUCGAGGAGACGUUCAUACCGAUCUUGACGGAUCCGGGACCGCGCGGCGAGUGGCCGGACUACAUCGCCGACGACGUCAAGCAGCAAGUCUACGAGCUCCGCACCCUCAUAUGCCAGAUUCGGAGCAAAUCGAGCGGGGACACGAUACUGCCGAUGCCCAUGGGUACCGACCAGGUGUUUGGCGACGGCCCCGUGCCACCGGAGCUGAAGCGCAACAUCGAGCGGUCUGUCGUCACGUGGGCGGGCUACAUCAACGAGGCCCUCGUCGAGGAGAGCACCAAGGUUUUCGAGACCGAGCCCAAUCCCUUGCCCAGAUCGGAAAUAUUGUUCUGGAGGAAGAGGCUCAAGAACGUCGAGUCGAUUUACGAGCAGCUGAGGGACCCGCGGGUCAAGAAAAUGGCAUCCAUACUCGAGCAGUCAAAGAGCCCAUACCUCAUGUGCCUGGAAAACAUAUUCAAAGACGUGGUCGGCGCCGUGGUCGAGGCGCGCGACGUGUGCCUGCACCUGUUGCCGCUGGACAAAGUUUUCCAAGACCUCGAGAGCGAGUCCAACUUUCCCGACAUCGUCAACAAGUUCAAGCCCAUGAUGCACUGCGUCUGCCUCACCUGGUCCCGGUCCAAGUACUACUGCAAGAGCUCGCGCAUCAUCACCCUGUUCAAAGAGAUAUCGAACCUCCUCAUGCAGAUGGCCACGGAAUACGCGGAGCCGAGUUCGCUGUUCCAGGGCGAUGCCGAGGACAGCCUGAAGCGAACGGCUCAAGUCAUCUUGGUGAUCGAAACGUUCCAGAGCACCUACGACGCAUUUCGCGCUAAAUUGCCGAGUUACUUCAAGGGCUCGCGCGACUCUGCUGGCUGGAACUUUCACGAGAAGCUCAUUUUCGACAGGCUCCUCGAGUUCCUGCGCCGCCUGAAACAGCUCAAUUCGAUCUUCGUUUUCGCCGUGGAGUACUACAAGCUGGAGAAGAUCGAGAUCGCGGGUCUGCGGGGCAAGAAACUCGGCCCGAUGGUCCUCGACAUUUACGAGAAAUUCGUCAAACGGUACAACGAACUGGCUGGCGUCAACUACGAGAUGCUGCUGCCGGAGGAUCCCGGCUUCAACGAGGACAUCGUUACCUACUUGGCGGAGAUCGAGGAAAUGGACCGGAGGCUGGCCACGAUUUUCGACCAAGCCUUCUCGGAGUGCCACACCCUGGAGAGCAUGUACAAGUUCACCGUGAACAUCGGGACCAUAGUCUCGCGGCCCAUCAUCUUCAAGCAGUUGUGGCCGUACUACGAGAGGAUCGUCGAAAAAUUGCACGAGGAACUGGACCAAUCAAAAGUGUUGUACGACCAAAGCAUCAAGUCGUACGAGAAAACGGGCUUCAUCGAGUUUGACGAGAGCUUCCCUCCCGUCUCGAGCUCGCUGUGUUUCCUGCAAAAGCUCAGGACUCGCGUCGACGAGCCGAUCGAGUGGACGAGGUCGAUCGAGCACCCGCUCAUCGAGUCCGAGUACGGAGUCCUCGCCAGAGAGAAACACGCCGAACUGAUCGAGCUGAUCAGCCAAAAGGAGCAAGAAAUAUUCAAGCAGUGGGUCGAAAAGGUGCCCGGUUGGUGCGAGAUCGGAUUGUCGAAGACGAUGUUCCGUUAUGACGAGAACGGCACCCUGGCCGCUAAUUUGGACGAGGACUUGGCGACGGUGCUGCGGGAAUUGCGGCACAUGAUCGUCAUCCUCGAGCGGGACGACCUGCCCCCCGAUGUUCUCAAUGUGCACGAGAGGGCCUCCUUUUUCUGGGAUACCAACGUCAAGUUAUACAACAUCACGAACUGGUUCAAGAUCAUCAAUGAAAAGUCGAACCAAGUCGAGGCCUAUCUGCUCAGCGAAGAAAUCGACGCCAUAAACGAGCUGAUUGCCUACACCCAGGAGAACUGCACCUGGAACUCGCCCGAGGUGUCCGAGUACGUGGACAAGCUCGGCGAUAUGGUGGGGAGCCUCUGCAAGCGGCUGCUGCGGGCCCAAAAGAACCUGGAGGAGCUGGUUGAGAAGAUGGAGUCGUGGGCGCGGGUUCCGGUGCUCGUGCGCCGGGACAACAAGAGGCAGCAGUUACUCGCCGUGGCCGAGCGCAAGGACAUCUUCGAGAGGCGUUACCAGCUCGUGCGAGACGACGCCGAGGAGCUAGACCGGCUCCUAGAGGAGAACUACAAGCUGUACUUUGAUCUGAUACCCGAGCAGCUGUUGCAGCCUGAAGAAGAACAUUCGUUGGCCGAAGAUGAGGAGGACUCAGGAGACAAGAUGGGAGAAGCUGGCGAAGACUCCGAGGGGAGCAAGCCCGAGUCGGAGGACGGGCAAGGGGAGGAGCUGACGCCAACGCCUUCGGAGCAACUCCGACUUGACGAGGAGGCCGCGCUUGACUUGCAGCACCGAGAAAAGUUCCGGAGUUAUCUCGCCUUGGUCGACGACAUAAUCUCACGGAUCUUUGUUCUCGCGGCGUCUACGAGCGUUCGGUACAUAAUAACGGAGACGGACGAGACAUCGGAUAACGAGCCGCUUGUCGAGAUGCAGCUACUUUUGGACGAGCCCGACGUAACAUACCUCCCCACCACCGACAACGAUGAUCCCAACGGUUUGUACGCCAUCCACGAGGACAUAAUGCUCGACAUCAUGAGGAUGGCCACCCUCGUGCGCAGAGUCGACCCGGACAAGUUGAGCGAACGGGACUGCUACGCGAUCGACCUCGCGGAAGACGAGGACAUAGUGCUGAUGCUCGAGGAGACCUCGUCGCGCAUGAGGAAGGCCAUCAAAGAAGCUGACAAGUACGCCGAAAAUUUCAACGUAUACUCCUGGCUGUGGAUGGACGAUCGGAACAGGUAUCUCCAGCUCUUCCUGCGCUUCGCUCGCGUGUUGAACGAGACCGAGACGAAGCUACUGGAGAGUCUGGAAGAGGGCGAGGCGCACGAAAGCUUGCCCGAGAAGAAGCCCCAGUUGGAGCACUUUAGAAGCGAGAUGGACCGGUUUUUGGGGGUGUACGGAGAGUGCGAAGCCAUCGCCGAUUCGCACGUCAUCGACAAGUGGCUGCGUGUCAACAUCAGGCCGUUGAAGCAAAGCCUUUUGAACACGGUCUGCAAAUGGUCGAACCUACUGAAGCAGCACCUGGUCGACCACGUGCACAAGAGUUUGGACGAUCUGUCAGCUUUCUUGAACAAAGCCUACAGAAGGUUCACCCUGCCCAUCGAGGACGACGAUUACGACGGACUCCUCGAUGCGAUUUAUUACUUGAAGGAAGUGCGAGAUCGGCAAUUCGAGAUCGAGGAGAUGUUUGAUCCUAUAAAGAACACGAUUCAGCUGCUCAACCUGUACGACUACGAGUUCGACGAGCACACCCACGACCAGCUGAUGACACUGCCGGAGUUCUGGAACUCGAUCAAGAAGCUGGCCGCGCAAGUGAAACAAGUGGUAGCUCCGCUGCUUGCCGUUCAGAUCGACUGGUUGAAGAAGAAGCUCGUGUACUUUGACUACCGGCAGCGCAAGCUUCUCGAAAAAUUCCGCGCGAGCGAGAUUUACAACCCCGCGUGCGGGAGAGUUUACGAGAAAAUGGACAGCCUGAACGAGUUGGUCGAGGAGCUACUCGGAGACCUUCGCGAAAUGGCGCGGACCUCCGAGAUAUUCGAGCAGCCGAUGCCCGAGUUCAUUGAGCUCGAGCAACUGCGCCAAGAGAUGCGAAUGAUCAAGAACCUGUGGGACUACGCGAACGUGAUUACGUCGAGUCUGGCCCAGUGGAAGACGACCGUGUGGAAGAAGCUCGACAUCGAGAACAUGGACAACGAGUGCAAGAAGUACACGAGAGAACUGAGACUUCUGGAUAAGGAAGUUAAGGUUCUAAAGUUGUACGAGUUCAUCGACUCCCAACUGAAGAACAUGAUGUCCUCGCUGAGGUCGGUCUCGGAGCUGCAGAAUCCAGCCAUCAAAGAACGCCACUGGCAGGAGCUGAUGGCCGAAACCAAGGUGCAGUUCAACAUGGACAACAAGACGACGUUGGAUGACCUCCUGAAGCUCGAGCUUCACAGGUUCGAGGAGGAGGUGAAGAACAUCGUGGACAAGGCGGUCAAGGAGAUGGCCAUGGAGAAGGUGCUUAAUGAACUGAGGAAUACGUGGAUGCAAAUGGAGUUCGAAAAGGAUGUGCACGACAGGACUCGACUGAACGUGUUGAGAAUCAGCGAGGAGGCCAUCGACACCCUCGAGGAGAACCAAGCACUGUGUGUUGACAAGAGCGCGCCACGUGCCGAGCAAGNUCGGCUCGAUCUCAGGCUACGGUUCUCGGAUUUUUUGGUGUCCUUGGGGACGCUCGAGGGAGCCGAUCGUCUGGUGACGGUGGGGGUUGGUUUCGCCUCCUCGCUCGUCUCCUUCGAGCUGAUCGACUCGUCGUCGCUGUUCAGCUCGCAGUACUUUUGCACCUUCACCGGCCGCUUGUUUUUCAACUGUGCAACGGCGGGCUUGGUGGUGAGCUUCUUUUUCAGCGGAAACAAUCCCGAACUCGUUUGCAAACACUUGUCCAAGUUGUACGAUUCGGUAGCCAAUUUGAAAUGGAAGGUGGAGGGCGGGCGCAAUUCUAAAACAGCCAACAGUCUCGUGGCAAAAGACGGCGAGGUCAUGAACAUGUUUGGAACUUGUGAUUGUAGUGGAAAGGUUGAAAUAUGGUUGAACCGCGUCACCGAAGCGAUGAAGCGCACGGUGCGCUAUCACUUUGGUCAAGCGGUCAAUUCGUACGCCGAAAAACCGCGCGAAGUGUGGCUGUUUGAUUACGAGGCUCAGCCUGCCCUCUGUGGCACUCAGAUCUGGUGGACAAGCGAAGUCACGAUGGCCCUGGCUCAACUUGAAGAAGGCUUUGAAAAUGCGCUCAAAGAUUAUCAGAAGAAGCAAAUAGCUCAGCUGAGCGCUUUGAUAUUUCUGCUGAUUGGCGAGCUCACGGAAAACGAUCGUCAAAAGAUCAUGACGAUAUGCACGAUAGACGUGCACGCGAGGGACGUCGUUGCCAAGCUGAUAAACAUGAAAGCCGAGAACGCCGCGAAUUUCCAAUGGCAGUCGCAACUCCGGCACAGAUGGGACGAUAAGCUGGGCGACUGUUUCGCCAACAUUUGCGACGCGUCGUUCCCCUACUCCUACGAGUACCUGGGCAACACGCCUCGACUGGUGAUAACACCCCUGACGGAUCGGUGCUACAUAACGCUGACGCAGUCGUUGCACUUGAUAAUGGGCGGAGCCCCGGCCGGGCCGGCCGGUACCGGCAAAACCGAGACAACCAAGGAUCUCGGCCGAGCCCUGGGCCAGAUGGUCUACGUGUUCAACUGCUCCGAGCAGAUGGACUACAAAUCCUGCGCCAACAUUUAUAAGGGACUGGCGCAGACCGGGGCCUGGGGCUGCUUCGACGAGUUUAACCGCAUAAGCGUCGAGGUGCUGUCUGUAGUGGCCGUCCAGGUCAAGAGCGUCCUCGACGGAAUCAAGAGUCGCAAGAAAACUUUUAUGUUCUUCGGCGAGGAGCUCAACCUCGUGCCCUCGGUCGGGAUGUUCAUUACCAUGAACCCCGGCUAUGCGGGCAGAACCGAACUACCCGAGAACUUGAAGGCUCUGUUCAGACCAUGUGCCAUGGUGGUGCCGGACUUUGAGCUCAUUUGCGAGAUCAUGCUGGUCGCCGAGGGCUUUCAGGAGGCUCGUCUACUCGCCCGUAAAUUCAUCACCCUGUACACCCUGUGUCGCGAGCUCCUGUCGAAGCAGGACCAUUACGAUUGGGGUCUGCGAGCCAUAAAGUCCGUCCUCGUGGUAGCCGGUAAGCUAAAGCGAGGCGAUCGAAACAGACCGGAGGACCAGGUGCUCAUGCGGGCGCUGCGUGACUUCAAUCUUCCCAAGAUCGUCACCGACGACGUGCCCGUAUUCAUGGGUCUCAUAGGCGACCUGUUCCCCGCCCUGGACGUACCGCGGAAGCGUGACUUGGAUUUCGAAAAGGAUGUGAAGCGUGCCACUCUGGAUCUCAAACUGCAGCCCGAGGACGGCUUCAUACUCAAAGUCGUGCAGCUCGAGGAACUCCUGUUCGUCCGGCACUCGGUGUUCAUCGUCGGUUUCGCCGGAACUGGAAAAUCCGAGGUGUGGAAGACCCUGUACCGCACCUAUCAAAAUCAACGUCGCAAGCCCUACUUCAACGAUUUGAACCCAAAAGCCGUGACGAACGACGAGCUCUUUGGCAUCAUCAAUCCAGCCACCAGGGAAUGGAAGGACGGAUUGGUGUCGGUUCUCAUGCGCGACCAAGCCAACAUGGAAGGCGACGGGCCAAAGUGGAUCAUCUUCGACGGCGACAUAGAUCCCAUGUGGAUAGAGUCCCUCAACACGGUGAUGGACGACAACAAGGUGCUCACCCUCGCCAGCAACGAGCGCAUCGCGCUCACCAAACAGAUGAGGCUACUCUUCGAGAUCUCGAACUUGAGAACGGCCACUCCUGCCACGGUUUCACGAGCUGGAAUCCUGUACAUCAAUCCACAGGAUCUCGGUUGGAGUCCAUUCGUCCAGAGCUGGAUCGACACGCGAGUGGAGAGCGAGCGCGGCACUCUUUUGGUGCUUUUCGAAAAGUACAUACCGACCCUGCUCGAGGUGACGAAGGGCAAGUUCAAGAAGAUCACGCCGAUCCCUGAGAUCGCCCACCUGGAGAUGCUGUGCAACCUGCUCGAUUGCUUCUUGACUCCUCAGAACUUGCCCCCCGAUUGUCCACGGGAAUGGUACGAGCUGUAUUUCGCGUUUGCCUGCAUCUGGGCGUUCGGAUCGGCAAUGUUCCAAGAUCAGCUGGUCGACUGGCGCAACGAGUUCAGCAAGUGGUGGCUGAGCGAAUUCAAGGCCGUCAAGUUCCCCUCGGGCGGCUCGGUCUUUGGCUACUUCAUCGAGCCGGAGUCGAAGAAACUGACCCCCUGGGAAGAAAUCGUCGGCGGGUUCGAUCUAGAUCCGGACAUCCCUCUACAGGCUACGCUGGUCCCGACCGCCGAAACGGUCCGCCUGAGGUUCUUCAUGGAUCUCCUGAUGGCGCGCAAAAGGCCGGUCAUGCUGAUCGGCAGUGCCGGCUCGGGUAAAAGCGUCAUCGUCGCCGACAAGCUCUCCAGCCUGUCCGACAACUACAUCGUGGCGAACGUACCCUUCAAUUACUACACGACCUCCGAAAUGCUGCAACGAGUCCUGGAGAAGCCUCUGGAGAAGAAGGCCGGGCGUAAUUACGGACCACCGGGCUCCAAGUCGCUGAUUUACUUCAUCGACGACCUGAACAUGCCCGAAGUGGAUACGUACGGGACCGUACAGCCGCAUACCAUCAUACGCCAGCACAUGGAUUACGAUCACUGGUACGACCGACAAAAGUUCACGCUGAAAGACGUCCACAACACGCAGUACGUCUCUUGCAUGAACCCCACUGCCGGGAGCUUUACGAUCGAUGGUCGGUUGCAACGACACUUUGCCGCGUUUGCCGUGAGCUUCCCCGGGCAGAACGCUCUCGUCACGAUCUACAGUCAAAUUCUGGAGCAGCACUUGACGUUCCCGUUGAACAAGAUCAAUCCGAUCAUUACCAAAAUAACGGAGCCGUUCAUCGAGGCGGCGCUGUACUUGCACGGCAAAGUGACCGCGUCCUUCUUGCCAACGGCCAUCAAGUUCCAUUACGUUUUCAAUCUCCGCGAUUUGUCGAACAUCUUCCAAGGAAUACUGUUCUCAAGCGGCAACACGAUACCGCACGUCAACGGUUUCCUUCGCCUCUACGUGCACGAAGCGACAAGAGUUUACUGCGACAAACUCGUCGACGCCGAAGACAAGGACGCGUUCAAUCAACUUAUCCGUGACGCUCUCAGGAAAUAUAUACCGGGAUUCGAAGAAGAAUUCGUGUUUACCGAGCCGAUUAUUUUUUGCCACUUUGCCGAGGGAAUCGGGGAUCCGAAGUACAUGCCGAUACGAGACUGGCCGCAUCUUGAGAAACUGCUUACCGAUGCUCUUUUGAAUUACAAUGAACUGGUCUCGGCGAUGAGUCUAGUGAUGUUCGAGGACGCGAUGUACCACGUGUGCCGAAUCAAUCGGAUUUUGGAGUCGCCUCGCGGCAACGCCCUACUCGUUGGCGUUGGUGGUAUGGGAAAACAAUCACUGUCACGGCUGUCCUCUUUUAUUUCCUCCCUAGAGGUGUUUCAAGUACAACUGCGAAAAGGCUACUCGAUAAACGACUUGAAAGCCGACAUAUCGAUCCUCUACACGAAAGCUGCCGUGAAAAACAUCGGUAUCACGUUCCUAAUGACGGAUUCGCAAGUCGCCCAGGAAAGAUUUUUGGUCGUCGUCAACGACAUGCUAGCGUCCGGUGAGAUACCCGAUCUCUUCCCCGAUGACCAAAUCGAAAACAUGAUCAAUGCCAUGAGAAACGAGGUGAAACAAGCAGGGAUGCUGGACACCAAAGAGAACUGCUGGAAGUUCUUUAUCGACAAAGUGCGCAGGAUGCUCAAGUGUAUCCUAUGUUUCUCGCCCGUGGGAGCGACUCUGAGGAAAAGAGCUCGUCAGUUUCCGGCAAUCGUCAACUGUACGUCAAUCAACUGGUUCCAGGAUUGGCCGCAAGAAGCCUUGGAAUCCGUGUCCUUGCAAUUUCUCGGGGAGCUCGAGGUGUUGCCCGGAGAAUACCGAAAGCCCGUAUCGUUGUUCAUGUCGUUUGUGCAUACGAGCGUGAACGAAAUAUCGAAAAUUUACCUCCAGAACGAGAGAAGAUACAAUUACACGACUCCAAAAUCGUUCCUCGAACAGAUAGCCCUCUACUCCAAGCUUCUGACGGACAAGACUUUCAACUUACAAGCGAUGAUCGAGAGGCUGGAAAAUGGCCUGGAGAAGCUCGAAAGCUGCGCUGAGCAGGUCGACGGGCUGAAAGAAGUACUGGCCGUGCAAGAAGUCGAGCUGAAGAAGAAAAACGACGUAGCCGACAAGAUUUUGGCGGAGGUCACAGCCGAAAACGACAAGGCGGAGGUCGAAAAAGCUUUCGUGUCCGAGGAGGAGGAAAAGGUGGCCGAGAUCAAGGAAAGCGUCUCGCAAAAGCAGAAAAAAUGCGACGAGGAUCUCGCCAAGGCCGAACCAGCCGUGCGACAAGCCGAAGCAGCUCUGAAUACUCUGAACAAGAACAACUUGACCGAGUUGAAAGCUUUCGCUUCACCACCAGCGGCCGUCGCCAAAGUAGCCCAAGCCGUGCUCGUCCUGUUCUCCCCGAAAGGCAAAGUGCCCAAGGAUCGAAGCUGGAAAGCUUGCAAGGUCAUGAUGGGCGGAGCUGACCAGUUUCUCUCGGCUCUGCGAAACUACAACAAGGAAAACAUCCACCCGGACGUCGUCAAGGCCAUCAAACCCUACAUCGACGACAAAGAAUUCGAUCCGGAUUUCAUAAGCUCCAAGUCCCAAGCGGCCGCCGGUAUUUGCAGUUGGGUGAUCAACGUCAUGGUCUUCCACUACAUAAACGAGGACGUCAAGCCGCUGAGACAAGCCCUGGCGCAGGCCAAUGCCGAGUUGCAGGCCGCCCUCGAUAAACUUGUGUCCCUGCGCGCUCGUUUGGGGGAGUUGCAAAAAAUGCUGGACGCCCUGGGCGAAAAGAUGGAAAUAGCGAUGGGCGAGAAGCAAAAGUGCCAAGCGGAGGCGGACGCCACGGCGACGGCGAUAGAUCUGGCCAAUCGGCUGGUCAACGGACUCGCUUCGGAGAAAAUUCGCUGGGCAGAGACUGUGGAAAUGCUCACGGCGUCGGGAGAAAAAAUACCCGGCGAUAUUCUGCUGGUCACAGCUUUCAUCUCGUACGUGGGCUGCUUCAGUCGAAAGUACCGACAGGAUUUGAUAAACGUCCACUGGAUGCCGUUCAUCAACAAGCUGGACCCGCCGAUACCGAUCAGCGAGGGUUUGGAUCCGCUGGCCCUUCUUUCCGACGACGCGCAGAUCGCGCAAUGGAACAACGAAGGCCUACCAACCGAUCGCAUGUCAUCGGAGAAUGCAACCAUACUGACCAACUCGUCGAGGUGGCCACUGAUGAUCGAUCCUCAGCUCCAGGGCGUCAAAUGGAUCAAAACCAAGUACGGCGACGACUUGAAGAUCCUCCGGCUGACGCAGCGCAACUACCUGGAUCAGAUCGAAAUGGCGAUCAGCAACGGGGAAAUCGUCCUCUUGGAGAACAUCAUGGAGAGCGUGGACGCGGUGCUAGAUCCCAUUCUCGGGCGCGUGCUCAUCAAAAAGGGCCGGGCAAUAAAAAUCGGCGACCACGAAGUCGACUACAAUCCGUCCUUCCGGCUGAUCCUCCAGACGAAGCUGGCCAAUCCGCACUACAAGCCGGAAAUGCAGGCCCAAACGACGCUGAUCAACUUCACGGUCACCCAGGACGGACUGGAGGAACAGCUGCUCGGCGAGGUCGUCAAGGCCGAGAGACCCGACCUCGAGUCCACCAAGUCCCAGCUCACCAAGCAACAAAACACCUUCAAGAUAACCCUGAAAACCUUGGAGGACGAUCUACUGCACAGGCUAUCCUCAGCCGGUCCAAACGUACUGAGCGACGUGGCGCUCGUCGAAAAUCUCGAAACGACGAAACGCACAGCGGCCGAAAUCGAAAUCAGGGUCGAAGAAGCCAAGGUCACGGCUGUGCAGAUCGACGAGGCGCGCGAGUGGUAUCGCCCGGCAGCCUCGAGGGCCAGUCUCCUGUACUUUAUCCUCAACGAUCUCUGCAAGAUCAACAUGCUAUACCAAUUCUCGCUGAAGGCGUUCAGCGUUGUGUUUCAAAACGCCAUAAGGUUCGCCGUCAAGGCCGACGAGAUCAGCCAUCGCGUGGUCAACCUGACCGACAGUAUCACCUACUUGGUCUUCGUUUACACGAGUCGAGGACUUUUCGAGGCCGACAAGUUGACGUUCUUGUGCCAGAUGGCGAUUCAGAUCCUUCUGCAAACGAAAGAAAUCCAGCGCUCCGAGGUCGACUUUCUUCUGCGCUACCCGGUCGAUCCGCUGAUCCUCAGUCCGAUCGAAUUUUUGAGCAACUCCAGCUGGGCCGGCAUAAAACUAUUGAGCGAAAAUCCGGUCUUCGCGAACCUCGACCAAGACAUCGAGGGCGCGACCAAGCGCUGGAGAAAGUUUGCCGACUCGGAGAAACCCGAGAGGGAAAAGUUCCCUCAGGAGUGGAAAAAUAAAAGCGCCUUCCAGCGCUUGUGCAUGAUGCGCUGCUUGAGACUGGAUCGCAUGACUUACGCCGUUAGGUGUUUCGUGGAGGAAAAGUUGGGCGCCAAGUUCAUCGAGUCACGUUCACCGCCUUUCCACAAGUCGUUUGAAGAAACCAGCUCGAUCACACCGGUGUUCUUUAUCUUGUCUCCUGGUGUCGAUCCUCUCAAAGACGUCGAAAAAUUGGGCAAACAGAUGGGCUUCACCUCCGAAGCCAACAAGUUCCACAACGUGUCUCUGGGCCAGGGUCAGGAACCUGUUGCCGAGGACGCGAUGGAUUUGGCCGCGGCCGAGGGCCACUGGGUCAUUUUGCAAAACAUCCAUCUCGUAAAGAACUGGCUGUCGAGCCUCGAAAAGAAGCAAGAACAGCUGGCCGAUAGCCCGCACGACGACUAUCGGCUGUUCAUGAGUGCCGAGGCGAGCGGCGAUCCGCACGAAUCCAUCAUCCCACAGGGUAUUUUGGAAUCUGCCAUAAAAAUAACGAACGAGCCACCGACGGGAAUGCAAUCGAACAUUCACAAGGCACUGGACAACUUUACCCAAGAAACCCUCGAGUCGUGUACCAAGGAGACGGAGUUCAAGGCGAUUCUUUUUGCUCUUUGCUACUACCACGCGGUCGUGGCCGAACGACGAAGAUUCGGCCCUCAAGGUUGGAACAGGGUGUACCCGUUCAACUUUGGCGAUCUGACGAUCAGCGUCUUCGUGCUGCUCAACUACCUGGAGAACAACAACAAGGUGCCGUGGGAGGACUUGCGCUACCUAUUCGGCGAAAUCAUGUACGGGGGACACAUAACGGACGACUGGGACCGACGCCUCUGCCAGACUUACCUGCUCGAGUACGUCAAGCCGGAGCUCGUCGACGGCGACCUGGAAUUCGCUCCCGGCUUUCUGGCUCCCACCAGCUCUGACUACGUCACUUAUCACGAAUACGUCGACGAUUACCUACCGGCCGAGAGCCCGAUUCUCUAUGGACUGCACUCCAACGCCGAGAUCGGUUUUCUGACGGUGACGGCGGAGAAUCUUUUCCGCACCGUUUUGGAAAUGCAGCCUAGAGACGUGGGCGAAGCCGCGGGGGUCGGGCUGUCGCGGGAGGACAAAGUAAAGGCCAUUAUCGACGACUUGCUCGACAAAAUGCCCGAGCAGUUUAGCAUCUACGAGUUGAUGGCCAAGGUCGAGGAUCGAACACCCUAUACUAUCGUUGCCUUCCAAGAGUGCGAGAGAAUGAACAUACUGUGCAACGAAAUGAGAAGGUCGCUCGUAGAACUUGAGCUCGGCUUGAAGGGAGAGCUGACGAUCAACGCCGAUAUGGAGGAUUUGCAAAAUUACCUGUACAUGGACGUGGUACCGCCAACGUGGACAAAGAGAGCUUAUCCGUCGAGUCUCGGGCUCACCAACUGGUUUACCGAUCUUCUCAACCGAUAUAACGAUCUCCAAGCCUGGACGUCUGAUUUUAGCCUCCCAGCGACUAUUUGGCUGGGCGGGUUUUUCAACCCCCAGUCGUUCCUCACUGCCAUCAUGCAGCAAACUGCUCGCAGAAACGAGUGGCCUCUCGACAAGAUGUGCCUCUACUGCGACGUCACCAAGAAACAGAAAAACGAGUUCAAUGCACCGCCUCGCGAGGGUGCCUACAUAAGCGGCCUGUUCAUGGAGGGCGCGCGUUGGGACACGGCGACGGGCUCGAUCGCCGACUCGCUGCCCAAGGAGCUGUUUCCCCAACUACCGGUGGUGUUCAUACGAGCCAUCACUCAGGACAAACAGGACUUCAAGGGGGUGUACGAGUGCCCGGUGUACAGGACCAGGUCGCGUGGUCCUACUUACGUUUGGACGUUCAAUUUGAAGACGCGUGACAAAUCGACCAAGUGGACCCUGGCUGGUGUCGCUGUUCUGCUGCAGACCUAA